CUGCUAUAUUUGCUAAAACAUCUGGUUCCUUUGCUUCACCUCGGUGUUCACAGAAGACAUGGAGACGAUCCUGAGCGUCCUGGGCUUGGAGUGGAUAGACCUCAGAAGUUUUCUGAUAUUUUUCUGUGUUUUUCUGCUGCUGACAGAUGUUGUGAAGAACAGAGUGCCUAGUAACUUUCCACCAGGCCCGUGGUCUUUUCCUUUUAUUGGAGACCUUCCUCGCAUUAAGGCGUCCAAAAUUCACCUGCAGUUUAAAGAGUUUGCAGGGAAAUACGGGAACAUUUUCAGUCUUCGUUUGUUUGGUGGAAGGGUUGUCGUCAUUAAUGGCUACAAGCUGGUGAGAGAAACUCUGAUCCAACAAGGAGAAAACUUCAUCGAUCGUCCCAAAAUCCCCUUAUUUGAUGACUUAGUUGGGAAUAAAGGUCUUGUAAUUUCCAGCGGUAAUCAUUGGAAGCAGCAGAGGAGAUUUGCUCUUCACACACUCAGAAACUUUGGUCUGGGAAAGAAAACCCUGGAGCGAUCCAUCCAGCAGGAGUGUCGGUAUCUCACUGAGGCUUUUGCUGAUCUACAAGGUCAGCCAUUUAAUGCCCAUAGACUGAUCAACAACGCUGUCGCCAACAUCAUCUGCUGCUUGGUCUUUGGGAGUCGAUUUGAGUACAACGACAAGCAGUUCAAGAUCAUCCUUCAACACUUUGACGAUUCACUGUACUUACAAGGAAGUGUGUGGGCACAGAUUUACAACGUAUUGCCUUGGCUGAUGAAAUGGCUGCCUGGACCUCAUCAGAGGAUUUUCACCAUAGAACACGAAUUAUUAGGUUUUAUUAAAGUAAGGGUCAAGGAACACAAAGAGAACCUGGACCCUUCAUCGCCCAGAGACUACAUCGACUCCUUCCUCAUAGAGAUGGGAGAGAAAGAAGACAAGGAUUCUGGUUUUGAUAUCGACAAUUUGUGUUUUUGCACUCUGGACCUGUUUGGUGCUGGAACCGAAACCACCACCACCACUUUACACUGGGGGCUGCUGUUCAUGAUCUUGAACCCACAAAUACAAGAGCGGGUCCAGGCUGAGAUAGACGCUGUGAUUGGUCCGUCCAGGCAGCCGUCUAUGACUGACAGAGACAACAUGCCUUACACCAACGCUGUCAUCCACGAGACACAGAGGAUGGGGAACAUCAUACCGUUAAAUGUGGCCCGGUCAGCUAACCAGGACACCACAGUGGAUAAAUACACCAUCCCGAAGGGCACCAUAGUCCUUACUAUGCUGGACUCAGUUUUACACGAUGAGUCCAUGUGGGAAACUCCGUACACCUUCAAUCCUCAGCACUUUCUGGAAAAGGACGGCAAAUUCAGGAAGAGAGAAGCAUUUCUUCCCUUCUCUGCAGGUAAACGUGUGUGUCUCGGGGAGCAGCUGGCCAGGAUGGAGUUGUUCCUCUUCUUCACCUCCCUCCUCCAGAGGUUCACGUUUUCAUCUCCUCCAGAAGAGAAGCCCAGUCUGGAGUUCAAACUGGGACUCACUCGUUGUUCCAAACCUUACCGCCUCUGUGCGGCACCACGUUAACCUGCUGCCUGAUGACAGCAGCCAUAAAAUCACUAUAAAAUGAGUCAUAAUGUCAGUCAACAUGAAAAUUAACUUAUAAUGUGCAAUAAAGAUUAAAAUGUUUAGAAAAUGGCUGUUUAAGG